AUGAACGACGUGGAAGCUAUUUUUAGCUUGAAAACAGGACUACUUGACGCCAGGAAAUUUCGGUCAAGCCAAGCAACCAAGAGAAUCUCUGCUUUACGCCUUAGUAAUUUUCAAGAAGUUGAAAACUCUCAUUCUGCAGGGAUUAACACAAUAGAUCUUGAAAAAGUAGAGGGAAGAUAUUUACUCUCUGGUGGUGCAGAUGGAAGCAUUCACAUUCAUGAUGUUUUGAAUCUUUCUGGAAAUUUGCAGUUUACUUGUAAAAAUGUGGGCAAGAUUGACAGGCAAAGCAAUCGUCACUGCCACAAGUACAGUGUUGAAUGUGUUCAGUGGUACCCUUUGGAUACAGGAAUGUUCCUUUCUAGUGGCAUGGAUAAAAACUUGAAAAUUUGGGAUGCCAAUGCUCAAGUUCCUGCAGAUGUUGUACUUGUGAAUGGUAAGAUAUACCACCAUCACAUGUCUCCAAAUGCAACUCAACACAACUUGGUUGCUGUUGCAAGUACAGCAAACCAAGUGUUUCUGGCUGAUCUUCGGAGUGGAUCGACAACGCAUGAAUUGAGAAGCCACACCUCUUCAAUAUUGAGUGUCAAGUGGUCACCAAUGCAGGAGUUCCAGCUUGCUUCCGGUUCAAUGGAUAAUCGGCUUUUAAUGUGGGAUGUCAGAGCCGCUAGAAGUUGUUUGUUUUCAAUGGAUCAAUAUAAUGGGCGAAAUCAUGCUGAUGUUGAGAAGACUACAGCACACAACGGGAAUGUCCACGGUUUGUCGUUUACUGCCGACGGCCUUUUCUUGAUUUCCGUAGGUACGGAUUGCCGAAUGCGUUUAUGGAACACUGAAACAGGGCGAAAUGAAAUGGUAAAUUAUGGCAAAAUUUCAAUGGAAAGCAAAAAAGGUACGCGAUUCGACAUUUCAUCAGACACUGAACCUCAGAUGAUCUUCGUACCUUCCCAGGGAAAUAUUUUGGUCUACGAGUUAACAACAGGCAUCAAACGAGCUACGUUACUAGGCCAUUAUAAUACAGUUACCUGUUGUGCUUACAACGAAAAUGUACAGUCUCUCUAUAGCGGAGCCAAUGAUCGCAAUAUUUUGGUUUGGGCUCCGGAGUCAGCAGAAGCAAUUCGUGAAGAACCAGUCAAUAAAGGAGCCGCUCUUGGUCCCAGGAGUAUAGUUCCAAGAAGGAACCUCACCGAAGACGCUUGGAGUAGUGACGAAGGGUGAUGGAUCCAGGCGUUUUCAAAUGUAAUAUCUAUGUGGACAAAAUUUAAAAUAUGUUAAUUACAUCGGUAGGAUUAUUGGUCCUGCUUAUGUUCAAGUUGGGAAACAUGGUAGGCUCUUGGCCUAUUCAAAUUUAUUACUUUUUCUUUAAUGUAAAAUAAAUGUAAAGUUUUUUUGAAAA